GCACAUGAGAUUCUUGUCUGUCAACACCUUGUUCGCCAAGCAGGCAUUGUUCUCCUGUUCAAGUCAACCUGAAUAUGAAGGAAACUUCCAACCAGAACGCUAAGAUGGCAGAACAAUCUGACAUCCAAACCGACGUCCAGGCCCUCCCGGAAGCCGUGGGUGUUGUUGCUCCUGUUCCAACCCCGAUGGUUUCAACGGAGAAAAAAUCGAGUCAAACAAAAGACCAACUGUCGGCCAUCGAAGAAGGCCCACAACGAGAUGCCGUAGUCCCUGCCCCGAAACACAGUUGGCUGGGUGACCGCCCAGCCGUCUUCCGGACCACUGUCCACGAAGUCCUCUUCGUCUUCAUGGCCACUUCGGCGGUCAUGGCGUGGUCCUUCCUCAACGGCGCCGUCGCCACCGUGACAGCCGAGAUCGGUCGCGACCUCCACAUGUCGCAGGGAGAGAUCACCUGGAUCUCCGCCUCGACGUCUCUCACCGCCGGUGCCUUCCAGCUGGCCCUCGGACAGCUUGCCGACCUUCUGGGCCGGCGGCCCAUGUUCAUAAUCGGCCUGGCCUCCUUCUCCCUCUUUUCAAUCGUCGCAGGUUUCGCCCAGAACCCGUUCUGGAUGGACGUCCUCUGCGGCUUCAUGGGCAUGAGCACGGCCAUGAUGGUUCCCCCGGCCAUCGGCAUCCUCGGCGCGUCGUACUCCAAGCCGUGCAAGCGCAAGAACUUUGCAUUCUCGGCCUUCAGCUCCGGAAACCCCAUCGGGUUCGCCCUCGGCAGCAUCGUGGGCGGCGUGGUGGCCAAGGUGUUCAACUGGAGGGCCAUGUUCUUCAUGAUCGCCAUCAUAUGGGGCGUCCUCACCGUGAUCGCCUUCUGGGUCGUGCCGAGCGUCGAGGCCUUUGAGGACGAGGCCAGCAGCAGCAGUGGGGCGGACGGUCCCGCCAAGGCGGCACUGUCGAAAGGGGCUCAGCUGCGUGACUUCUUUCGCAAGUUCGACACGGUGGGUGCGGCCCUCACGCUCUUUGGAACCGGGUUCUUCACGGCCGCCAUCACGCUGGCUCCGCAAGACGGUUGGACCGCACCCCAGGUGUUGUCGCUGCUGAUUGUGGGCUUCGCCAUGGUCUGCGUCUUUCUCUACUGGGAGACGUACUGGCCUCACCCCUUGAUGCCUCCCAAGAUCUGGAAGGAUAGGAACUUUUCUCUUCUUAUUGCUUCGCUCGUGCUCGGUGUCAUGGCCUUCAACUCGUCGGCAUUGUGGCUCUCGCUGUUCCUCCAACGGGUGCAAAACCUCGACUCCCUCGAUGUAGGCAUCCGCCUGCUUCCUCAGACCAUCGCUGGCCUGACCUGGAACAUUGUGGCGGGAGGGCUGCUCCAUCUAGUCAACAACACGCUCCUCCACGGGAUCGGUGCUGUCGCAUACCUUGUUGCCAACCUGUUGCUGUCGUUCAUGAGGCCCGAAUCGAGCUACUGGACUUUUAUUUUCCCAGCCCUCAUCAUCCAGGUUAUUGGAGCCGAUUUCCAAUUCAACGUGGUGAAUAUGUACGUGAUGCAAUCUCUCCCAUCUCACCAGCAGGCGCUGGCGGGUGGCAUAUUCAACACCAUGGUGCGGCUCUGCUCGACGCUGGCUUUGGGAAUCUCGACGGCCGUCUACGGCGGCGUGGAGUUCACAGAGGCGGGCAUGCAGGAUCCCAUGCUCAAGUACACCCGGGCCUUGCAGGUGUCGGUCGCAUUUGCCGCCGCCGGCAUGCUCUUUGUUCCCUUCAUCCGCGUCGGGACCCAAGGGAACGACAAGCCCAAUGAAGAUGGGGAGACUGAGCAAGUUGUUGGUGAAAAGAAGUAAAAAGAUUUUGGAGGGGGAUUUUAGAGCUCAAAGUUCCCCUUCACGAUUCGCUACGAGGCUUCUUGGUAGCAAUAGUCGUUAUUCUAGCCCUGGGGGGACUGUACAUUGUUGUGCCACAAAAGGCAUGAAGUUUUGGAUUUAGACGCAAUAGAUACCCGAUAGCAUGUUAUAUAUGAUACUUCCAGUUGUUCCCACAUAAUUAGCGUCCCAUCUCAAAAUUCAAGCCUCAUAUUUGACUUUGGAUAGACAAGUUCACCGUUAGGUGGACAUUUACAAAAGAUGUCAAACGACAUAUAAUGGUUACUGAGGCGCAGUGAGUUGAUAUGAAGUAGCCUGUUAUCGCUUCAUCGAUAGAAGCUACAAAAACCUCAGCACGAGACAAAGACGGAGUCUCCAUCGUCUGCCAAACACUGUGGAGAAAGACCAUGUCUGCAAGUCACAGAUAUACCUCUAUACAAACCGAAGAUAGACAGGCACCGCCACUUCUGCGGAGGCAGUUCUAGCCUAAUAACGCAUACGCGAAUCAUCUCUUAUGCGUUGUCUGGUGCUAGAACACCGAGGAGUUACCUGUCUUUGAGUUUCCGAGGACAUGCAGGGUAUGAUUAAACGCGGACUGACCCUUUUC